CUGCGCGCCACCGGGAAGCCUCCCUGCAGCUAUCUUCGCCGGAGGUGGUUUCCGGGGCCGCGGUUCUCCUCGGCGGGUUCGCGCCUUCGUCGCGGUGUCGGUGUGGAGCAGCCUUUCCAGGGCUGUUUGGACAUCUCGGAGUACAGCGGAUUGCGAUAGGUUUCCACUCCCGAAGUCCUGCCUCCUCCUGGGGAUGCUGCACUUGUUAGUGGCAGGCUUCUUUUGAAUUACCGCACCUCAGGAGUUGCGGCGCCUGCAUCUCUGGAGCCGCUGGGGUGAAGAGCCACCGUGGUUUUAGUCGUCUAGGGGAGAGUAGCUGUAUUUGGGAUCUCAGAUCUCGCCAUUCCUGCAUUCCAGGUUGCAGCUCUACGCUUCUCACCAAAGGACAUGGAAGAAAAUGAAAACAGCCAGUCUCCAACAACAAGCUACCAAUAUCCCAAAGAAACAGUAAGGAAGCGCCAAAAUUCAGUACAGAAUUCAGGAGGAAGUGUGUCUUCUAGGUUUUCCAGGAAAAGCUUCAAACUCGAUUAUAGACUAGAAGAAGACGUAACUAAGUCGAAGAAAGGAAAAGAUGGGAGAUUUGUUAAUCCGUGGCCAACGUGGAAAAACAUCUCUAUUCCACAUGUCCUUAGGUGGCUGAUAAUGGAGAAAGACCACAGCAGUGUCCCAGGCUCCAAAGAGGAACUUGACAAAGAGCUCCCAGUGCUUAAGCCAUAUUUUAUCAGUGACCCUGAGGAAGCCGGUGUGACCGAGGCUGGCUUACGAGUCACGUGGCUGGGCCACGCGACGCUGAUGGUGGAGAUGGACGAGCUCAUUUUCCUCACGGACCCCAUGUUCAGCUCCCGCGCCUCUCCCUCGCAGUACAUGGGCCCGAAGCGAUUCCGCCGCCCCCCGUGUACCAUAAGUGAGCUCCCCCCAAUAGAUGCUGUCCUUAUCAGUCACAACCACUACGACCACCUGGACUACGGCUCUGUUCUGGCUCUGAAUGAGCGGUUUGGCAGUGACCUGAGAUGGUUUGUGCCUCUGGGUCUCCUCGACUGGAUGCAGAAAUGCGGCUGUGAGAACGUGAUCGAGCUGGACUGGUGGGAGGAGAAUUGCGUGCCCGGCCACGACAAGGUCACCUUUGUCUUCACACCUUCCCAACACUGGUGUAAAAGGACCCUCCUGGAUGACAACAGGGUCCUGUGGGGCAGCUGGUCUGUGUUGGGGCCUUGGAACCGGUUCUUCUUUGCUGGGGAUACUGGCUACUGCCCUGCUUUCGAAGAGAUAGGGAAGAGAUUUGGGCCCUUCGACCUCGCAGCUAUUCCCAUUGGAGCAUAUGAGCCAAGGUGGUUUAUGAAAUAUCAGCAUGUUGACCCAGAAGACGCUGUAAGGAUUCACAUCGAUAUUCAGACGAAGAGAUCGGUGGGAAUUCACUGGGGAACUUUUGCCUUAGCUAAUGAGCACUACUUAGAGCCUCCAGCGAAACUGAAGGAAGCUCUAGAGAGAUAUGGACUUAAGACUGAAGACUUCUUUGUCCUGAAGCACGGAGAGUCAAGAUAUUUGAAUACUGAUGACAAAGCUUUUGAAGAGACAUGAAAUGGGACUCUCAGGAAAACAAAUGAGAAGACUAAGAACUCGCAAAUAUUACACCAUUUUUCACGUGGAAACAAGUUCCACAAGUGUGUGUUUUGUUUUGCAUCCUAACUUGCCAACUGCCAAGACUCACAGAAACUGUGAGAGUCCAGGGAGGUCAUUCAAGGAACUGUCCGACGUAGACUUAAAGAAAUACCAAUGACACAAACAUUGCAAUAUAUUAUUUUUUAGCAAAACACUACAUUUUAGUGGUAGUAGAAUUUCUAAGGUUGUGAAAAAUGACAUUAAAGUUUCCUUUCUUUUUCUGUGAUUCAGGGCUUUCUCAAGAAGAGUGGAGCUUCCCUACCUACCUAGACUGUUCAGACAUACUCCCCUUUCUUAUAUUCAUACGAUAAAAUGAUAAUCGUGACUUCCACAUGCUGAAUGAGUGCUUCAGAUUUCACUGUCACAGGAUGAGCUUCUGGCCUUGGUGACACACGUCUACAAUCCCAGCACUCCAGGGGAUGAGGCAGAUAGGUCACAAGUUCAAGGCCAGCCAGAGCUACCAGGAAGACCCUGUCUCAGGAGGAAACAUUAGCUUCCGUGCCAAGUAUUAAGUGAUUUAUUUUGUUCAGCAUAAGAAUGUAGGUGUUUGGGCUAAGUGAUCAUUUUACAGUGGAAAGAAGCUCCUUGCAUCGGGUGCUCACAUUCCUGUGCACCCAUGAGCAUCUCCAGGCAGCACCUAUCCAGCUGCGCCCCAGGUCAAAGCUGAUGGUCAAAGGGAACAGUGUAGGUCUGAGAUGUGGGGGAGUUUAAAUUUCAAAGUCAGACACUCUGCUAGGCACACUGGAACCACAGCUAAGUGUUUCACACAUCCUAAAUGUGAAUACAUCAUGCACUUGGAAUUAAAUUUUAUUUUCUUCAUUUCCAUUUUAUACACACACACACACACAACACACACACACACAUAUAUACUUUUUUCCUGUUCUCUGAGCUCUAACCCCAAAUAUAACAAUAAGAUUUAUAAGUAUGUUUUACAUGACUUGGGCGUGUUAUAUAUUUUUAUAUUAAAUGACCUAUAAGCACAACUGUACCUUUUAGUAAGCCACUGUGAGAUAACAGUAGAUUUUCAAGCUUCUGGGUGUCUGCUGACCAGAGUCUUUGGCCAGUGUGCCUCUGCAUCCACAGUGUGUUGUGAACAGUCAGGAAGCGGGCUGCCCACGUGUUAGUGAGGACAAGUCCUGCUUCUGACUCAGACCAGUGAAAUCAACUUUCUUGGUACAAACACUGUAGGUUUCCUCUCUAUAUAAAGUAUUAUAUAGGGAGUACUAAAUACUUUGAUGUAUUUGCAUGGGUAUAUGCACGCUACACCUUGGCCUCUCUCAUCGGAAUUUCAUUACCCCGAAACAAGUGACUUGUAUUCAGACCCGACCUCACCACGUAGGGCAAGAGGACAAUGUUAACCUACCUCCAGAGGGGAGGAUAAUAGACUGCACUUUAGAAAUCUACAGAGAAAACUGUCUAAUACAGACAGGCAUGGUAGAAAGAGCCAUAGCAAUGUUUUUGGUAAUGCUUUGAUCUCAUUGCAACCACCAACUGGAGACUAACUUUAGUGAAUAGUAGCCAAUAUAAAUAAAUGAUCAUCAGAGUUUAGUA